AAAUCCAAAACCCGCCACUCCUUCCUCAUUUACUUUUCAAUUUUUACACUGCAAAAUCAAACAAAAUACAAAACCGAAAGCUGCUAAUUUCCUGCAUUGAAGAUAAGACUUAGACCGCCACCGUCUGUGAAAAAAACAGAAGAAAUGGAUAGGUACCAAAAAGUUGAGAAGCCAAAGACAGACACAACAGCCAUUAGUGAGAAUGAAUUGAGAAUUACUGCUCAAGGAAGAAUGAGAAAUUAUAUUUCUUAUGCUCUUUCUCUUUUUCAGGAAAAGGGUACUGAUGAGGUUGUCUUGAAAGCAACUGGUAGAGCCAUCAAUAAAACCGUCAUGAUUGCGGAAUUGUUAAAGAGACGGAUUGUUGGCCUUCACCAGAAUGUGGCUAUUGGGUCUAUUGAUAUAACUGAUACAUGGGAACCAUUAGAAGAAGGCCUUCUUCCUAUAGAGACCACACGCCAUGUUUCGGUAAUAACAAUUACACUGUCAAAGAAGGAGCUUAGUCCAUCUUCUAUCGGAUAUCAGCCUCCAAUCCCUGUCGAUCAAGUGAAGCCAUUAGCUGAAUUCGAUGAUGAACGAGGUAAUAACAAUGGUGCAGCAGAGUACACCAAUGGAGGUUAUGAUGGUGGUCGAGGAUAUGGUAAUAGAGGCAGAGGUCGCGGAAGAGGACGUGGUUUUCGUGGGCGUGGAAGAGGGUUUGGUGGUGGUAAUAUGAGGCCAGAGUCAGGCUAUUACAAUGGUUAUGGUGGACCAGCAGGAAUGCCUGCUCAAAGCCGUGGUCGUGGGCGUGGAACCGGAAGGGGAUGGCCUCGUGGUCGUGGUCGUGGCCAGGGUUUUAGAACCGGUGGUCCAGCUCCAAUCCAAGCAGCUGCCUGACUUGCAGCACCAAGUAUUUAGGUUAAAAACAUAAGUUUCCUGCUUGAAUAGCUGGAUGCAUCUGUAAUUUAUCUUUUCAAGAAUAGUGGAAAAUUUUGAGUUUUGAGACUGAAAAUUUGUGUUGGUAAGCUCUGCAGUUUUGUAGGUAGGUACACUUAUUUGCGUUAUUAUUAUUAGCCAAUAGUUGUUAUAAAAAUGUUAUUUCACCUUGUUAGUGUUGUACAAUUCCUAAGUGCAAAUAAUUUUCUUAUAAAUCACAUAUUAGCAUAUUUAUUCAA